UGUAAUCUAGAGAGUUGGUGACUGUAUUUGUGCUGCAGGCAAUCAUUUAGAUAUUUUUUUGCCGAUGUUUAAUUUAUCCCGGUCACAUUGAACCGGCGUUGCGCAUUCAUAAAUUCAACAGUUAUUCUGCUCCCUGGUACUCAGAAAAGAGUGCUCUGGUCGGACUGGACAGAGGGAUUUUACAAACGCACAAAGUCAGGUCAACAUGACAUUUUUCUUCUCGUUUUGGGACACAGUAAUAUAGUGUAUUGUGGCUCGCUUCGGUUUUAACUGAGUAGCAACGUUUGCGGAAUCAUUUGCUUCCAACAAGUGUGCAAAUAGGCAUCAUGUUAGCCACCGUGCUAGCUAGCUAAUCCCGUAGCUACCUGCACUGGAUAGCGUUACCGUCGUCAGCUGUCCUGCAACAUCAAGGACAGAUGACAAUUUCACUCCAAAUUCUCAAAGAAAUCACUAUCCAGUUCUAUGUUCAGUACAUGAGCUAACUAACCUAACUAUAAAAUGAUGGAUUCAAAGAGAGACAUGAAAGAUCAAGAAACCGAGAGAGUCUCCAAGGUGACAGCUGUGCUGCUGAAGUCCCGGACAGGAGAGUUUGAUCUGGAAUCUAUUCUGUUCCUGAAGCUCCGAGGUCUCGGGAUCUAUGAUCUAGGCUGUAUCGGGGACUGUAUAAAUCUGGAGAGACUGGAUCUGUCUGGUAACAACAUCACUAACCUGGCUCCACUCUCUUCUCUGAGACUACUACAGAUACUCAAUGUGUCAGCCAACAGGAUCUCUAACUUAGACAUUUCCUGCUGUGACAGUUUACAGAGCCUAAAUGUGGCUGGGAACCUCAUAUCCAGUAUUGACAACAUCCACUGCCUUCAGUCUUUGAGGAAGCUGGAGAAUAUUCGCCUGAAAGACAACACCUAUAAUUACACCAACCCAGUUUGUAAGAACUCGUCCUACAGAAACAUUCUCCUGGAGAUGUUCCCAAACAUCAGAGUGUUGGAUGGUGAAAGAGUGGUUGGACGUGGGAGUGAUUUAUAUAAAUUAUGCAAAGACAUUGAUGAAACUAUCAAAGCUGGUUUCUAUAGGAAUGGCCAGUUACCAGAGCUGCCUGGCUGUAAGCCCUGGGUCGACAACGACUUCUGGGAAAUCAAGAGAUCCAGCAACGCCAUUAUAGACGAGGCCUACAAACAGUUCAAUGACGUCCUUCAUGAAUGCAGACUGCUGAACAACAGAGCAACACAUGUCAUCUCACAGACAGAGAGAUCUCUGAGCCUCAAGAACCAGCCAAAGCAGUACUCUGUUUAAAAUGCCGUUUACAACAGGCAAUGAUUGUGAAGUGUGUUUGUGUCAUAUGUGUUACUUACAUGAAACGAUGUCAUGGCUUCAUGUAUUUGUAUUAAAUGAUGUUGUUUUAUAUCCGAAUGCUUGACCCAGCACCAGUGCCAGAACCUUGACAUGCUCAGCAUUACGUUGCAGACAGUGCUGCAUAGUGACACCUAGAGGAUACAUAACUACCCUUGAGUCUGGUGUAGCCAAUGUAAAGCCUCCUACCCCCGUGGGUCUAGUGUAGCCAAUGUAAAGCCUCCUACCCCCGUGGGUCUAGUCUGGUGUAGCCAAUGUAAAGCCUCCUACCCCCGUGGGUCUAGUGUAGCCAAUGUAAAGCCUCCUACCCCCGUGGGUCUAGUGUAGCCAAUGUAAAGCCUCCUACCCCCGUGGGUCUAGUCUAGUGUAGCCAAUGUAAAGCCUCCUACCCCCGUGGGUCUAGUCUAGUGUAGCCAAUGUAAAGCAUCCUACCCCCGUGGGUCUAGUGUAGCCAAUGCAAAGCCUCCUACGCCCUUGGGUCUAGUGUAGCCAAUGUAAAGCCUCCUACCCCCUUGAGUCUAGUGUAGCCAAUGCAAAGCCUCCUACCCCCUUGAGUCUAGUGUAGCCAAUGCAAAGAUUCCUACCCCCGUGGGUCUAGUGUAGCCAAUGUAAAGCCUCCUACCCCCUUGGGUCUAGUCUAGUGGAGCCAAUGUAAAGCCUCCCACCCCCUUGGGUCUAGUCUAGUGUAGCCAAUAUAAAGCCUCCUACCCCCUUGGGUCUAGUCUAGUGUAGCCAAUGUAAAGCCUCCUACCCCCUUGAGUCUAGUGUAGCCAAUGUAAAGCCUCCUACCCCCUUGGGUCUAGUCUAGUGUAGCCAAUAUAAAGCCUCCUACCCCCUUGGGUCUAGUCUAGUGUAGCCAAUGUAAAGCCUCCUACCCCCUUGAGUCUAGUGUAGCCAAUGCAAAGAUUCCUACCCCCGUGGGUCUAGUGUAGCCAAUGUAAAGCCUCCUACCCCCUUGGGUCUAGUCUAGUGGAGCCAAUGUAAAGCCUCCUACCCCCUUGAGUCUAGUCUAGUGUAGCCAAUAUAAAGCCUCCUACCCCCUUGGGUCUAGUGUAGCCAAUGUAAAGCCUCCUACCCCCUUGAGUCUAGUGUAGCCAAUGUAAAGCCUCCUACCCCCUUGAGUCUAGUCUAGCCAAUGUAAAGCCUCCUACCCCCUUGAGUCUAGUCUAGUGUAGCCAAUAUAAAGCCUCCUACCCCCUUGGGUCUAGUGUAGCCAAUGUAAAGCCUCCUACCCCCUUGGGUCUAGUGUAGCCAAUGUAAAGCCUCCUACCCCCUUGAGUCUAGUGUAGCCAAUGUAAAGCCUCCUACCCCCUUGAGUCUAGUCUAGCCAAUGUAAAGCCUCCUACCCCCUUGAGUCUAGUCUAGUGUAGCCAAUGAAAAGCCUCCUACCCCCUUGAGACUAGUGUAGCCUAUACUACACUCUUAGAAAAAAGGUACUAUCUACAACCGAAAAGGGUUCUUCGGCUGUCCCCAUAGGAGAACCCUUUAUGGUUCCAUGUGGUACCCUUUCCACAGAAGGUUUUACCUGGAACCAAAAAGGGUUCUCCUAUGGGGACUUUUUUGGAACAGUUUUUUUCUAAGAGUUUACCUACCUGUGUAGCCUACAGAUCGUACAGGCUCGCACUACCGACUCCUACCCUCUAACGACUCCUACCCUCUAUAGCAGGGAUGGGCAAACUUUUUGGCUCGAGGGCCACAUCGAGAUUUUGAAAUUCAAUGGAGGGGAGCAUUUUUUGGGAGAUCAAUUUGCGGGAGCCUCUCGAGUGGCGCAGCAGUCUAAGGUACUUCAUCGCAGUCUUUGAUGCGUCACUAGAGACCUGGGUUCGAUCCCAGGCUGUGUCACAGCUGGCCAGUUCCUGGGAGACCCAUGAGGCGGCACACAAUUGGCCCAGCGUCAUCCGUGUUUGACAGGCCAAGAUUAACAUUUCCCAUCGCGCUCUAGUUACUCCUGUGGCGGGCCGGGCACAUGGCCAAGUGUACGGUGUAUACAGAACAUUGGUGCGGCUGGCUUCCGGGUUAAGCGGGCGUUGUGUCAAGAAGCAGUGUGGCUUGGCUGGGUCGUGUUUCGUGGGACGCACAACUCUCAACCUUCGCCUCUCCAUAUGGGAGUUGCAGCGAUGGGACAAAACUACCUACCAAUUGGAAACCACGAAAUUGGGGAGAAAUAAACAUGUCUACAGACUUCUACCCUCUACAGACUUCUACCCUCUACAGACGUCUACAGACUUCUACCCUCUACAGACGUCUACAGACUUCUACCCUCUACAGACGUCUACAGACUUCUACCCUCUACAGACGUCUACAGACUUCUACCCUCUACAGACUUCUACCCUCUACAGACGUCUACAGACUUCUACCCUCUACAGACUUCUACCCUCUACAGACUUCUACCCUCUACAGACUUCUGCCCUCUACAGACUUCUACCCUCUACAAACUUCUACAGACUUCUACCCUCUACAGACUUCUACCCUCUACAGACUUCUACCCUCUACAGAUGUCUACAGACUUCUACCCUCUACAGACGUCUACAGACUUCUACCCUCCUGAGUGCUAAGUAGCCUACAGGCUCCAGUUCCAACCAACUCUGUGGGUUCAGACCCAUUGUCUUACAUCAGAUAACGUGAUGAUUCCCCUUAUCGUCGGUUGAAGGACGACCAUUGCGUAGGAUUGACGCCACCUGGCGUAAGACAAUGGGUGCAGACGUGGAUCCAUAUUGACACUGGUGCCAUAAGGUGUUUACUGUGCUCACUAUGCACAGUGCUGUGUGUUGGUGAUGCUGAGCCAUGCUGCUAUUACAAUACAACUUAGUAACGUGUUACUAUUGUUUAAAACUAGCAACAUUAUCAAAGCUUUUCCAUAUUGCACUACUUCAUCAUUGAUGGUGAAGUGUUUGUUUUAUUAUGCUGGCAUUGGGAGUGAUGCUUAUGUAGUGAAUUAAUUCUGCACAGUUUGAGUUGUUUCUACUUGUUUUGAUACCGUUAAUAAGGCCAACGCUAGCAGUACAUGGAAAAUACUAACUAUCUGGCAUAAAAAUGACUAAUAAACAGGCGGAAUUGCU